CUAAACGUUCAGGAUAGUUGAAGCCUUGUGAACGGGGUUCAUACGGGUCCAUUCUCCACUCAGACUCUCCUCAAAUGAUCUGAACUAGUUGUUAGCUUGUUUUGCAGCUCAGCAGCUCAUUCCUCUGACUGACACGCUUCAGCCGGCGAAGGGGAACUAACACCUGAAGACCUCCGGGUCACGGUGGUCUUUGCUGUGAGCCGUGGGGACGUGUGGGCCUGGUCCUGGGAACACGCCUCUAUUGGUUUCAGUGUUGGCCUCUAACGCGGAGUCUCAUUAUGUGUAAUGAGUAGCUGUUGACGAGUGUGACUGAUAACGUACAGUGAACGCAGCGCGGCCCAACGGGAGCUCAACCUCCACAGUCCUGAUCGGAGCCGUCUGAUCGCUGGAGCCACCUCAGUUCCCGUGCAGCGGUUCCGUGUUGUCCUGUUGGAACCCGGACCCCUCCAGCUGGGCUCCGAACCCCCGUUUGGAGGGGUCACGCUUUGCACAGCGCCACAUGCUGUUCUGUUGCGUCUCCAAAGAACAAAUCGCCCGGGAAUUUUGCUUUCGUCUGGAUGUUUGACUAACACGACCUUUCCCUCUUUUUCCAUCCUCAGUAUGGGGAGGAGGAGGUGUGUUCGGACCGCUUGGACGCCGACUUCCCGGACAUCGACCUCUCCCAGCUGGACACCAGUGACUUCGACAGCGUCAACUGUCUCAGCGAGCUCCAGUGGUGCAACGAGCAGCCGGUGGACGCGUCGCCGGCCUCCGUUCACUACAGCACAGCAGACGAGCUCUUCGAGAUAGAGGAGGAGAAUGCGGCUCUGCUGGCGGCGCUGAGCGACAGCCUGGACGGCAUGGUGGACGCCGAGGUGGGCGGGCUCUCCGUCUUCCCCGCGCUGGAGGAGGAGCUGGACCACGACGAGGAGGACGAGGACGGACUUCCUCUGAGCCACGAGGACCUGAGCCCGUCCCGGGGGGCCGAGGCCGAGGACCCAUCACUACUCAAGAAGCUGCUGUUGACUCCUCCUAACGUGCCCACGGGCGUUGAUGCGCUCAAAGAGGGCCAUCGCUAUAGCAACAGAAGCCUCCAUCUACGGCCAGUGAGACCUCUGGUCAAGACCGACCUCCCUCAGGAGCGGAAGCCUCGCGCCGUGCGUCCGGCGAGCCGCCUGUGCACCGAGCUCCACCGCCACCUCACCACCGCCCAGGAGGCCGAGGGCGCCGCCCCCGAGGAGGAGGAGGAGGAGGAGGAGGAGGAGGGCGACGACGAGAACAGCGAGUCGGAGGACGAGGAGUCGUCCAGCAGCGAGGUGGAGGCCGCCGCCGCCGCCGCCGAGCCGGCGAAGCCUCAGUUCAGCUCGGACAAAGAACUGCGCUCGGUGGUGGAGCUGAUCACAUACAUGCACACCUACUGCCUGCCCACACGCAAGCAGCAGGGCUGGGAGCGCAAGGAGCAGGACCUCCACAGGCCUCGGGCCCGACCCGAGGCCGCCCGGGCCCCCGGCACCGGCUCCCACAGCAGAGUGAUCCUGGUGGCCAGUCCCGGGUCCAGUGGGGGCUCCGCUGGGCCGGGCAGCGCCGCCCCCCGGAGGCUGCCGUUCGCCAGGCGGAGGGAGAUGAAGGCCGACUCCCUCCUCCGGCAGCUCCUGCAGCAGAGCGCUGCCUUUGACGUGAGCAAGCCUUACAGACUGCACAGCGCCCCCUACACCCGCUCACACAGCCCCAACGCGGGCGGCGCCACCGGGCCCAAACCAGAGCUCAGUAAAGACUGCUGCUCCCCAGAACGGACGAGCUCCUGCUGUGAGGGUCCGCGGAGCCCGGAGGCCCCCGAGGACGGCGGCUCCUUCUCCGUGCGGCGCUCGCUGCGUUUGGCCUCCUUCCCCAGCCGCUUCGCCAAGAGGCUGCGCCCGGGUCGGGCGAGGGGCGGCGAGGCCAAGGAGAGAGAGCACGGACGGCCAGAGGUCAAAGCGCCGCCAGCCUGCUGCCACAACGAAAAGCGCGCCUGCCUCUGUCUACCUCUCAACCCCAAGUCCACAGGAGAGUCCCAGUACAGCACCAAGGCGUUUGAGCAGACGCUCAGUGUGGAUCUGUGUGGAACAGCAGGUCUCACCCCUCCCACCACCCCACCUCACAAACCUGUUGAAGAUGAGCUCUUCAAGCCAGCAGAGGGCGGGAAGGCCGGAGCAGGGAGCACCGGCGGAGGAGGAGGGAACGAGCCCAUCGCAGCCAAGAGCUCGUCCUGGCUGAGCCGCGGCCACCACCAGCGGAAGCUGCCGGAGCAGACGGAGCUGUACGCCCAGCUGCGGCGCAUGGGCCAGACCGGCCACAGCGACUCCCAGCGCAGGUUCGGCGACCACGACUACUGUGCUCUGAGCCUCGCAGACAACCAAAAGCCCAGCGCUGCCUUGCUCGGAGCCGUGGUGCAGGUGCAGGGCGGGGCCGAGGGAGCGGGCCACGCCCCCACAGCAGCUUCCCAUCAGGAAUGUGACGGGAAGGAGGCGGAGGCGGCGUCACAGGAAGCACCGGAGCAGCAGGCGCCUCCGACGGCGUCGCCACAGGCGGAGGCCACGCCCCCGAGCUCAGAGGAGGAGGCCGAGUGCUCGUCCCGCUCCCCGUCGCCCGUUCUCCACCUGUGCCCCGAUUCCCCCGCCAGCAAGACGGACUCCAGUGAGAACUCAGAGAUCGGUCCUGAUGAUGAGCAGAGGAACAAAGCCACGUCAGAGGAGGACAACUGCCAGGUGUUUUACAUCCACAACCUGCCAAGCAGCGUGACCCAGAACAUGCUGAGGAAACGCUUUCAGGUUUUCGGCAACGCAGAGGACUGCAAAGUCAUCGUCUGCAACGAGGAGCGCUGUGGGGUGAUAAAGAUUCGCCAGUCGGGGCUGCAGAGACACUGGAGAGAACGGGACACCGUUUUCCAGAACGGGCCGGGGAGUCUGAGGAGACUGACGAGGAAACGCUACAUAGACCUCGACGAGGCAGGUCCAGGUCCCGUCAAGAGCAAGUACGAUGCACUGGACUUUGACACUCUGCUGAAGGAGGCCCAGAUGUCUCUCCAGCGCUGACGGCCCAGCAGCAGACUGGCCAGCCUUAGUCCACAGCAGCAGCACCCUCCGACUGCACGGCUCCGCCCUCACAGGCCUCAGUACCUCCACGCAAGGCCCCCUUGCAAAGUGUUUACAUUUUUACCAUUGGAAUAGUAGAUAAGGACCUGUUGUUUUUGAAGCUCUUUUCACCGGAGGAUACUGCGUAAAAACGAGGAACCGCUGGGAGUCCGUGGAGACACCACGGAGGUGUUAGGACUUGUGCUGCAACAGCUGUAGACGCUAACGUAGUUCUCUGCUGAACAACAGUAACGACGCUGCUUCCUGUCUGUUGGUGGCGCUGCCGUGGAAGAGCAGGCGUGAGGGACCUCUGUAGCAAAGCGUCGCGUCGCUCCUCGUGGUGUGUGUGUGUGUGUGUCUGCGUGUCUGUCCUGUUGGUAAAAAGUCGUAAAGAAAAGCUGUGCCUUCGUGGACGGCGGCGACCGCCCCCAUGAAGCUCAGCGCGGUCGCAUAACCAGAAAAAAAGAAACGACCCCUGCGUUGUUUUAGCAAAUAAUUGUGGUUGUUUUAAAAUCUGUCGUGUGUGUGCUACGGACAAACAAUAGAACAAAAAACAUUAACGUAAUCAUUUGAUGAUAAAGUUUACAAAUCUUAAAUGAAAAACCAACCAUUUGUUCCUUUUUUGUAACUGUAGUGCUUCCUUGAUUUGAUCUAUGCACUGUAAGGAGCUCAGCGUCUCCGACCUCCGACCCCACGGCCUCUGCCACUGGCUGCUCAGACUCCUGCACCUGAAUGUUGCACGUGUUUCGGCUCCUCUCCCGUCGGGGGCUCUGGUUUAUGUCUCUGCUCUGUUACACACUGACUGGUGUCCAGUGUGUAACAGUGGGUUCCGACCCACAGAACAGCCCCAAAGUGUCCCAACUCAAACAGUGCCACAGUUCCCGUUUACACCCGCGUUGCAGCAGCAGGACAAAGAUGGCAGCCGACACCCCUAAACCCGAGCCCACUUGAAUCCACUGGAUCUCUCUCUCCCGAUCGGCGGUCGGUUCGAAUGGAAUGUAUCAGAAUCUGAAUGUACUCGCGCGCUUUCCCGGUCCUGCUUGCCCUGUGGAGCUCAUGGUGCUCGGAGGCGGAGCCGCCGACUGACAUUCGCUGCCGCAGCCAGUAGCAGCCGCCAGGAAGCGGGGGAGCGCGUCCACGCCCACAGCCGGGGAAGUGGCAGCGGAUGGGGUUCAAAGCGGGAGGUCCGUAUGAGCGGAGCAUCUCUACCUCACAUCCAUCCUCCAUCCAGCCACGCUCCCAUUGGACGCCCCCCCCCCCUCCCCUCAGCCGCUCCCUCCGGGUGGUGAGUUCAUGUGUCGUACGGGGACUCCCGCCCGCGAGGGAGCGCUUCCUGUCUUUAACGCUGUCCGUCGCUUGUGUGAUGGUUGUUGGCGUGUCCGUGUGUUGGAGUCUCGACCGUGUGUCCUUGUGAAUCUGAGUGUUUCGUCUUUGUCUCGUGUCGGACACUGCUGACGCUUGCGGUUUGUGGAGGACGGGUCAUCUUCCCUCCUCGCCUUCAUCUCUGCGUUGUUCUGGUUUCCUGCUCCUCCAGUCACUUCUCUCUCUGUGGGUUCAACGUGAACUCUCCUUUUUUAGACGGAUAAUUGUUUCGGAUCCUCGUUCUUGUCGUUUCACUAGCUAAUCAACUUGGUAACACACAAAAAACUGAAUGUUUACAUCACUUGAUUCUCCUUUGACUUUAUUAGGAACGCACACUAAGUACAAAGGCGCCUUAUUCAGUGUUUAAAAAAAAAAGGGGCCUGGAAGGACGACGCGUCUUCAGGCUCACUGACGUCCAAAACUAACAGUUUAGUGCUAUACAUACUGAUUGAGAAACAAGGUGUACAUUUUUAAAAAAGGGAACAAAUUUAAUUACAAAAAAUAAAAAACUAAUCACGAACAACUG